AUGCGCAUCCAUCCAUAUGGAUGGGGUCUAUAUAAAAAGGUGACGACUCAUGAUAUACACCCAGGCAGUUGUGGUUAUUUUGAUUUGGAAGGUGAUUGGAAAUCUAUCAUCGAUCUGUCGAGCGAGCAGGAUCUCAUUAGCCAGGGAUGGAAGAUCCCUGAUGACGAGAUUUUCGAUAAUAACGGCCCAGGAUCGGCGACAUGGGGUCCUAAAACCUCUAGCUCCGUUCAAAGUUGUUCCAUUGGAGGUACGGUCAAAGCGGAUAACACCGUUGCUUCACUCAAAACCUCCAUUACUGUGUCCUAUAAGAGUAAUAGCAGCCAAGGUGCCGUUCUCUUUACUGAAAGCCCUAUUUUAAGGCAUCAGAUAGGUAGUGAGGCAAGUGCCCUGCAAUGGAUGUCUGAAAACUCAUCCGAGAUGAUGCGCAGACAUAAACAAAUAAUCAAGGACCGCGGUGUGUGGAUUGUGACAAAAAUAUACUCAACACGCCGGUGCGCUAUUGCCAUCAUGACUGGCAGAUCAUCUUCCGUCGAGAUUAAUCUUGACAAUUCCCAAGGCUUAUUGACCCUGGCACCCAGUAGUGCCUGGACUAACAGCUCUGGAAGCUCAUGUACAGAGCUACAUGAGGAUGAAAAUAGAGUAGUCGUUUUUAUUAGCGGCAUCUACUUCUCAAAAAAACCGCUACGAUCGAAACUGAGCCGUUCUCAAGGCCAGGAGAAGCAAAAGGAUAAAAUCUUCCGCGGGAGCAGCGACGAGUCUACGGAUGAGGAUGAUACGAAUAACGAACUAAAUGUUGAAUGGUACCCGAAUUUUGAUGAAGAUGAUGAGGGAGAAGAAUCAGAUGAUGAAUUCACAUGAGCGAAAUGAUACCUAGGUAGCGUUGGUAAUGACCCCGCAUGUAUCAUGUAGAAGCUUAGGUACCUACCUAGGUAGGUAGGUAGACUGCACAGAAAGAGAGUGGCGAUUCAACUACUAGGUACC